AUGGCGAACGACUUCACCCUCAAGCGCCUUCCUAACUAUUCUGGCCCUCAAGGCCCUUUGCUGGUCAUCGUUCUUGAUGGGUUUGGAAUUGGUCAUAAGAAUGAUAGUGACUGCGUAUAUCUGGCGGACCCUACUUACAUGCUUGGACUUCGCCACAAGGCGUUCGGGCAGCACAUGUACUGCGCUCUGAAGGCCCAUGGGAAGGCUGUUGGGCUACCGACUGAUGAGGAUAUGGGGAACUCGGAAGUCGGUCACAAUGCUCUCGGCUGUGGUCAACUAGUGGCACAAGGUGCUAAGUUGGUCAACUUGUCAAUCGAGGAUGGGUCGUUGUUCAAGUCGAAGAAUUUUACGGGUAUUGUUGAAAAGCUGAAGGAUGGCACUGGUCGCACUUUGCACAUGUUCGGGCUUCUUUCUGAUGGAAAUAUCCACUCUCACAUCGCUCAUGUUGAAAAGAUACUGCAGGGUGUGGCUAAGGAGGGAAUUACUGCUGUCCGUAUUCACAUCCUCACUGACGGUCGUGAUGUUGGCUCGAUGUCGGCUUUGGAAUAUGUUGACCGCCUCGAGAAGUGCCUUGCUAAAUGUGGUCCCAACUUCAAGAUCGCGUCUGGUGGUGGACGUAUGCAGGUUACUAUGGACCGUUAUAACUCCGAUUGGAAUAUCGUCAAGAGAGGCUAUGAUGCUAUGUGCUUUGGUAUUGUUGAUCCUGCUAUCAAUCCCGAGUGCCAGAGAGGCUGGGUUGGAAUGUAUAAAGACGCUACUACGGCUAUUACGGAAGCUCGUAAGAUGUUCCCUGAGAAGACCGAUCAGAACUACCCUCCCUUUGUUAUUGUUGACGAGAGUGAUAAGCCUGUUGGAACUGUCAAGAAUGGUGAUGUUGUGAUCUGCUUCAACUUCCGUGGUGAUCGCUCUAUCCAGAUCAGCCGCGCUUUCACUGAGUCCAACUUCGACUGCUUUGAUCGUCGUAAUCCUCCGCAAGUCGACUACUACGGUAUGUUGAUCUAUGAUAACGAUCUUAUGAUUCCGANNNNCGCCCUAUGGCAUAGGUGCCCCAAUCAGGCGUACCGUUCCAAAGCCAAAUGA